AUGGCUUACCAUCAAGUGUGGCUGCAUGCAGAGCAGUGGAACCUGUUGCCUCUGUUCCUCCAGACCAUUUCUAUGUUGUCAGAGGAGGAAAAAAAUUUCAUGGCAGAUUUUGGCAUGGCACUGUUGAAAGAAUGCUGCAUUGCUGCGCGCAAGUUGACUGACAACUUCCAAGAGACGCUGGACCUGAUGCGUGCCGAAGUUUUUGUGGCGACAUUUCGUGGCGUCAUCGUCCGUGGAAGUUCGACUCACAUUCCAGUGGCCGUGCUCAGGGAGACUGAAGGUGACAAGAGACGCUUCCGAGAUUUGAUUGCAGCUCAAUCGUAUACGGUGCCUCGCUUGCAGCAUUUGGCCAGCGAUUUGAGACUGGCGUUACACUACAUUGAUGAGUGGGAGACAAACUGGCGUUGUUCCGAAGCUUUGGCUUCAGUCAUGGAGCACGUCGAGGCCAUACUGGACAACUUGCGGCUGAAGAUCUUGGGAUUGCUUCAUGAACCGGAAGGAGAAUAUAACCCUGAGUUUGACUUUGACUUCAAAUGA